AUGGCUCCUUCUACAUGCUGCGGCAAGGGCGGUUCUGAGUGCAUCUGUGCCCAGAAGGCGACCUGCUCUUGCGGCAAGCGCUCCGCGCUCCAGUGCGACUGCAGCAAGGCUGCAUCAGAGAACUCGACGGCAGGCGACCGCUGCAGCUGCGGCCAGCGGCCUGCUGGCGCCUGCACGUGCGAGACCAGCGCCGGCGCUUCGUCCAACGAGACCGACUUCACGACGCGCAAGUAA